AUGCUUCACGGCACAUUUGCGGAGGAUAUACCCACGAAUAUUGACGACAAAUACGACGAGACGCCAAAAAUGCACUUACAGAUGAUUCCCAGCCUGGAUUUCUGGACCCCUCUGCGUCGUUGUUCCUUGAUGGACGCCGGGUCUCGAUUCCCCGAGACGAGGCAGUCCGCAUCCGAAAAGUACCAGACUCUGAUCUUGGUCGUCUGGGAAUCGGAUUGCGGGACCAUCGAGCACCGAAAACAAAGGAAGAGGGACACAGCGGCGCUUACGAGUUCAGGGGGGUAUCUUGGGCGGCUAGAUUCGAAUUUUGUUCUGUCCCCCCGGCUGGAGAAGGAAUCGGUGGGGAUAAGGUCUCUUCCCUCGCCUGAUUCUAUUCCCUUCUCAUUCCAAUCUGGCGGGUUUUCAAAAGUGAAGGAAGGGAGUCAGGGAAUGACGAUGGAGGUCCACGUGACGCCCAGGCGUCACUGCAUGAGAGAUGGUCGCACGCGAAGACUCGAGGCUUCGUCGUUUCUCCUUCUCUCCGCCUCCUCUCUGGAACAGAAAAAAGCACCGGGAAUAUGGUUGGGUGACGGGGUUGGGCGGUCAGAUUGA